GUUUAUCAUAGGUGAAAUGGAUAGGGUUUAUUCUUGCAGACGCGAUGACCUUUUCCUCAGUUGUCAAAAAGCCCGGACAGAAGAUCACGCCCAAGACUGCGCCGCGUCGAAAUGUUCCAAGAUCGCGACCGACUGCGCCGCCUUCGUUGACACCAGACAGUUUGACUUCAAGUCCUGCGGUUGAGGUUGUGGAUGAUGAAACGAGAAGUCAAGUGCCAGAGUCAGUCCAGAAUCAGACUGUACUAGAGUCCACUGAGAUACCUUCGAUCGCCGAAUCGGUAGAGACAUCGCUUCCGCUUUCCAACCCACUUGAAACAUCGAACAGAGACAGCGUCGGGGAGCCGUUUAAUGAGACUACUAGCAGACCACCAUCGGUUCCGAUAGAGAUUACUGCUCCCAGUGGCACAAGUACAGGGAUUACUAUCAUACAUCCAGCCCACGAAACUGCGUCGGAAACGAGAUCACAAGCCAUUCCGACGAUCGCGUCCAGCACCCCGCUCAUAAGUUCUUCGCGGAGGUCUGCAGACACUCACAAUCCGUCGGCGGCUUCAGAGGAGCCAGCGCAACAGAUCGAGAAUGUUGCAGAUACAGAAGCGCGGUCUACCACGGACUCAAGAAAGAGGCGGAAGAUCACACACACGUCUCAAGAGCUUGACGAGUCGCGAUCACCAGCCACUCCGCCUUCAUCCGAUGAUAUACCUCUGCUGCUAAGAACCAGCCCUCGACAUCGACGUAGUGAGUCUCGCACAUCGGAGGUUCUUUUACAGGAUGCGACCAGUCAACUUGUCGCGAUCUCGGAGCUCGCGAACUCGAUCGAGCAGAGAGCCCGGUCUCUACGGCCACGUUCUGCUAGACCUAGUUAUUCGGAAACGGAGGAGGUGGCUGAUGGUGACGCUGAAGGACAAAUGACAAGGACGGAAAAACCGCAAAAGAAACAGUCGCGCGUGAAGCGAAUCCGAGAUCUUGCGCAGCAAGUGGUCGAAAAUGCCGCCAACGGAGCGCCAAACAGCCGGCGAAAGGCUCGACUUCCCACACCAGAGAACGCCGAUGAAUUACAGAUCGACCCGGAAGAAGUAUCAAUGAGCGAUUUGACCAGAGACAACAAAGUUGGGAGAAAGUCGGAAACGGAGAAACGAAUGCAAGAUAAUUGGAUCGAGAUUCAAAAACGUCGAAAAGAAGACGUUGAGCGGCGACGAGAGGCUGCUGGAAAAGGCAGAGCGGGCCGACAAGAAUUGUUUCAGGACGCUCUAGCCGAACCCAUACAAGUGCCUAAACAGAUCAUUGUGAACGGUCAGAUUAUUGUUGCCAAUGAAUCUCGAGAGGUUGCAUUUGGUGCAGGCGUGGAACAAGCGGCCGACAAUGACCAAGAGGUUGCUCUCGAAGAUGACCGCAUAUACAGAUACGUCAAUCAGGGUACAUUAGGCAAACGCGCAGGCUUAAACAAGAAAACAAAGUGGGACGAUGAACACACCGAAUUGUUCUACAAAGGUCUGCGAAUGUUUGGCACUGACUUUGCCAUGAUAGCCAAUCUCUUCCCAUCCUUUGACAGGAGGCAGAUCAAGUCAAAGUUCGUCAUUGAGGAGCGUCUCAACCCAGUCCGAGUGAAGAACAGUGUCGACGCUAAGGAAGCCGUCAAUCUCGAAGAGUAUGCCAGAAUGUCGGACCAGCAAUUCGAGGACCCAAGCAAACUCAUGGCGGAGUUGGCUGCCGAGGAGAAGAGGCUUCGGGAGGAAGACGAGCGAAGACGGGCAGGCGAAGGCUAUGUUCUUGAGGGUGCAGACGUGCCAUUGCCGUCAACGGAAACGGAUUUCGAACAAAGCAGCAAUGUCGUGGAGGGCGAUGACACAACCGCGCCGGCCGGCGCUCACAGAGAAAUAAUCUCGACGUUGGCAGACUCAGUGGUCGCAGGGGCUACGGGACCCAAGAAGAGGCAAGGUGCGCAGCACAGGGCGACGAAAGAACCUGUCGGACGUGGACGGCAAGCCAAGAAAGGCAGAAGACCGACUGAAGGUGUCGAAGAGGCACUUGGACCGAUUGACGAGGUUGGUCGGUAGAGUACUUGACAAGGUUUCUUGUGUCGAGUGGCUCUACCUGUUAGGCGAGCAUCAUACACGCAGAAUCUAUUUGAUAUUGUUCG